AGCCGAAAAGGUAAACAAAACAAAAUUGUUGCUUUGCAAUCCGUCGCACUUACAUUUUCUAUGAAUAUUUGCCAUAAAGUGAAAAAUUAAAAUAGAAAUGAAAUUUGAAACAAUCUUUGUUACUGUUGGAACCACAGAAUUCAACGAUUUGAUUAGAAAAUUAAGUAAAGAUGAAGUUUUCCAACUCUUCAAAGAGCAUCUCGGUUGUAAAAAUCUCACAAUUCAAAUAGGAAAAGGAGAAUCAGUUUCAUUUGAUCAUUUCAAAGGAAUAGAAGUUGAAAUAUUCGAUUUAAAAAAGUCUAUUCUCGAAGAUAUAGAAAAAGCUGACUUGGUGAUAAGUCACGCUGGUGCUGGAACUUGCAUUGAUGUUUUAAAAAAGGAAAAACCUCUAAUAGUUGUUAUCAACGAUACAUUAAUGAAUAAUCAUCAAAUCGAGCUUGCGGAACAAUUAUCUGCUGAUAAUUAUCUCUUUCAUACAUCAGUCAAAAAUCUCCCAAACACUCUGAAAAACUUUGACAUUUCGUUACUCAAAAAAUACGAGAAGGGAAAUAUCGAUGGAUUCAUUGAGUAUUUAGACGAUGUCAUGGGAUUUGCUGAACAAAACGAUUAA